AUGCCAGCGUCACGAUCAACACAAUUACUUUGUUCGCGCCUGCUGUCGCGAGAGGUCGCAGUCGCAAGACAAUGUAGCUUCCGUCCUUCAACCCUGGUCGCUACCACCACCGCAUACUCCAAACCCAGUACCCGCUUCUUCAGCAAUACACCCAUCACAUACAAAAAAGGCGGCAAAGCAGCACGAGAAGCCUCACGCUCCGACUCUUCCUCGUCCUCAUCAUCUGCAGCCCCAUCAUCAGUAGCAGCAGCAGGCUCAGAAGACCCCUUUGAUUUCAGCGCUUUGGAAACAGACAUCAGCGAUGCCAUCGCGAAACUGAAGGAUGAUCUUUCGCAAUUGAGACAGGGAGGAAGAUUUAAUCCUCAAGUGCUCGAGAGCUUGAGAGUGCAGUUGAAGCAGGGAGGUGCCGUGAAGCUGGGGGAUCUAGCGCAGGUGGUGCCCAAAGGAAGAAUUGUGCAGGUUGUGGCUGGCGAGCAAGAGCACCUCAAACCAAUAACCUCAACCAUCCAAUCCGCAAACCUAAACCUCACUCCCCAACCGGACGCCACGAACCCUCUGCUCCUCUCCAUACCCAUCCCCCCACCCACCGCCGAAUCCAGAAAAGCUACCGUCAAUGCAGCUCAGAAAGCAGGUGAUGUGGCCAGCAAUGCAGUCAGGAAUGCAAGACAAGGACAACAGAAGAAAUUGAGGGCGAUGCAGUUGGCAAAGUCUGCGAGACCGGAUGACCUGAAGAAGGCGGGUGCGCAGAUGGAAAAGGUUGUUGACAAGGGUGUGCAGGAGGUCAAGAAGAUUGUGGAUGCUGCUAAGAGGGCUUUGGAUGCGUAG